UGCUUGGGAAUGCAGCCCCAAUUGGGUGGUAAGUCCCAUCCAAGGCUAAAUAUGUGCGAGGGACCGAUAGCGAAGAAGUACCGCGAGGGAAGGAUGAAAAGAACUUUGAAAAGAGAGUUAAAGAGUGCUUGAAAUUGCCGAGCGAGAAGCGGAUGGAGGGGAAGUCGUGCGCUCCCGUCUGGGCAGGGGUGGACGGGGACUGUGUUGUCGCCCCCCUUGUUGGACGUGGGGUGCCUGCCAGCAUGGGCUGYUGUGACCGGCAUUGCGGUGGGGAGCGAUUGAAACCCCCCACGGGUGGCCGCCACGGCAGUCGAGGACCUUGAGCACGCGCCUCUUUCGGCGGGCCCGUUCGGGUUUCUGCGUGUUGGGUAUGCUGGUGAAAUUCCUCUAUCCUGCCCGUCUUKAAACACGGACCGAGGAGUUCAACGUGCAUGCGAGCCGGUGGGUGAUUAGCCCACGUGGCAGAAAAAACCUGAGUGGCGGGAACCCUCUGCGGGUGCACCGUCCGCCAACCACGAUCUGCUGUGAGAGGUUUGAGUGUGAGCAUGCCCGUUGGGACCCGAAAGAUGGUGAACUAUGCCUGAGCAGGGCGAGGCCAGAGGAAACUCUGGUGGAGGCUCGCAGCGAUACUGACGUGCAAAUCGUUCGUCGGACUUGGGUAUAGGGGCGAAAGACUAAUCGAACCAUCUGGUAGCUGGUUCCCUCCGACGUUUCCCUCAGGAUAGCAAGAGCUGUGGAACAGUUUUAUCGGGUAAAGCGAAUGAUYAGAGGCCUCGGGGGUGAAACACCCUCGACCUAUUCUCAAACUUUAAAUAGGUAAGAUUUCGGGGUUGCUUAAGCGAACCCCGAGGAUCAAUAAAAGCUCCAAGUGGGCCAUUUUUGGUAAGCAGAACUGGCGAUGCGGGAUGAACCGAAAGUCGAGCAACGGUGCCAAACUGCGCGCUAACCCAGACACCACAAAGGGUGUUGAUUGAUACAGACAGCAGGGCGGUGGUCAUGGAAGUCGAAAUCCACUAAGGUGUGUGUAACAACUCACCUGCCGAAUCAAUCAGCCCCAAAAUG